AUGUCAUAUACUAUCGGUCCGGCUCAAAAACUCGAUGCAGAGAAAAAAGAAGUUCAUUCGAUUCCAUGCAGUGUUCAGUAUACCGGUCCAGCAGAAGUAUCUUCAAAUUUCAUUCGAGAACAAAUUGAUGGAGAGUCGGCGGAACGAGGUAUGUUCCGUGGUCGUGGAAUGGAAGGAGCCGAGUGGAAAGCUCCCGAAGGGUAUGAAAUUCACGUUCUGAAAGAGAGAAAGGGGCCGAAAGGAGUGAUGUUGGAUAUUGAAUCUCGUCCAGAUGCGAUCAGAGUAUGGCAAUGGGAUCGUACUUGUGGCGAAGACAAUGCUGAUCGGACAACCAUUGCUCGAGCUUCUGCAUAUCUUCGAAUCGCCCAAUCACUUGCUGAUGACUAA